CACGUGGUUAAAUACUUAACUUGCAAAUGCGUGAUGUCUCCAUAAACAAUUGCUUCUCCAGAUAAGCUUAUCUCCAGAUUUGGUUGAGAAGGAGAAAAAUGUCUGGAAAAAUAACCCCGGAAAGAAUUCCUGCUAAAGUUCAAGUUCAACUGAUUUAAAGAUGUAAAAAGGCUUCCUACCAUCAUGGAGUACAGAUCAGAAGCAAAGUAAUUUCGCUGACCUGUGUUCACAGUCUGCAAGUCACUCACCUUUCAAACAGCGAGAACCAGACGAGUCUGUGGUACAAAGCCUGCUGUGCGUACGAUUGGUUGAUUUCUGCGCACACAAUGGGAAAGUAAUUUCAAGCGCGAUCGAUCCGCGGUUGAUACAGUACGAGUAUCUCGUGACACGCACAGGUCCCAACCAGCGUGGGCAUUCGGUCCAGAUUGCAAAUAGUACCAUGAUAAUGACCUUCACAUUUUACGAUCUUUAGUACUAGCCCGACUCGAAGAUGUUGUGGGGCGGUUUGCUCUCGGUCUUGCUGGGCCAGCUUUUCAGUGUCGCUGUCGGGCAGUCUCUGAUCAGUGAUGUGACAGAGGCAGAGGCCUUCCUGGAGUAUUACGACAACCUGGCAGCCCAGACCUGGCCGGGAAUUGUCCAGAAAUUAUGGAAUUACAACUACAACUUGACAGAGUUCACACGCCAGGAGAUGAUAGCAGCUCGUCUUCAGUACUCGGAAUUCAGCAAACUGGGCCGAGUCAAUGCUUCCAGGUUUGAUACCGCUAACUUCCCUGCAAACAUCACCCGCCAACUCAAAAAGAUUAUCGUCAACGUCGGGGAAAACGCUUUCAGAGAUAAAGAUAAGUUGCAAGAAUUAAAGGAUCUUAAAAGUCAGAUGAAAACGAGGUAUUCUGGCGCUACCGCGUGUAACAGACCCAGGAAUACCGAAGAUGCUUGUAUGCCUUUUGUGCCAGAUGCCGAGAAUUUAAUGGCUUCCAGCAGGGAUUACACGGAGCUCCUAUAUCUCUGGACAAGCUGGCGAGACGCGACUGGGCCGGGCACGCGGCAAAUAUUUGCCGGAUACGUGGAACUUAGUAAUUUAGCGGCACAGGAUAAUGGUGAGAACGCAGUGCACCUUGCGCUUACAUUAAAAUCCACCGCCAGAAGUUCCUCCUCAGACCAACCUGACAAGGGAGCCAUGUGGCGAUCCUGGUACGAGGUUGAUAACCUGGAGGAACAAGUGGAUAACAUCUACAAACAAUUGCGCCCUCUGUACACGAACCUACACGCCUACAUACGCAGGAAACUAUACAACGUCUACGGGCCAAACCUGAUUAAUCUUCGAGGGCCGAUACCAGCACACUUACUUGGGCAUAUGUGGGCAAGCGAAUGGGCAAACCUCCUCGACAUCGCUAAGCCGUAUCCAAAGAAGCAAGCCAUAGAUAUAACAUCCAAUCUUAUUGCCAAGGGGUACAACGUUCGUCGCAUGUUCGAGGUUGCAGAUGAGUUUUACACCUCGAUGGGCUUGCUCCCCGUACCCGAUGGAUUCUACAAUAAGUCUCGUCUGACUAAACCAGAGGACGGGAGGUCUGUGGUGUGCCAUGCGAUGGCUUGGGAAUUCUACGAUCAGAAGGAUUUUCGGGUCAGUAUGUGUGCCGAGGUGAGCAUGGACGAUUUCUUGACGGCUCAUCACGAGUUGGGCCACGUCCAGUACUUCAACCAGUACCGUGAUUUGCCCAUCGUCUUCCGCCUGUCGGCCUGCCCAGCCGUCGGUGAGGCCAUCGGUGAUGUGGUGGCUAUAUCCGCAUUCACUCCUGAACACUUGCACAAGAUAGGGCUACUGGAUGAAUUAAUACAGGAUGAAGAGGCUGAUUUGAAUUUCUUGAUGACCAUGGCUCUCGAGAAAAUAGCAUUCCUCCCGUUUUCCAUCAUUGUGGACAAGUGGCGGUGGGGAGUGUUCAACGGAUCUAUCACUGCUGAUCAGUAUAAUGCAAGGUGGUGGCACCUAAGAAACAAAUAUCAAGGCAUUACGCCACCUGUACCCAGAGACGAAACCGAUUUGGAUCCCGCGUCAAUCUACCACGUCAGUGCUGACGUCAGCUACACGAGGUACUUCUUAGCUUAUGUCUUGCAGUUUCAGCUAUACCAAUCGUUAUGUAGACAUGCUGGCCACGUUGGCCCGCUCCACAAGUGCGAUUUGUACAACUCGACGCAGGCAGGAAAAGCUUUAGGUGAUAUGCUGAAGCUUGGUAUAAGCAAGCCGUGGCCUGAAGCCCUGUACGUGGCUACUGGUCAGAGGCAGUUCGAUGGGGCGGCUCUCGUGGAAUACUUCAGGCCACUCACGGACUGGCUGGUAGAACAGAAUCGCCAAAAUGGCGAUCAACCUGGCUGGCCCGAUCGCGAAUGGGUUCCCCCACUACCUCAAGAUUGGAGUCCAGGGGUUUCGGCUGGACGCGAUUCGUCCAUGUCGACAUUACUCUGUGCCGGCAUCAUUGCGACAAGCCUCCUCGCAAAUUGAAGUCACGAACCAAGG